AUGGAUGCCGAUUUUGUGAACAAAUACAACCAGGUGUUGAAUCGUCUGAAGCAAAUCGAGAACUUUGACGGCAGCGAUCCGAGCAAAUUGCCACAAUUUCUUCAGAAGAUUGAGGCAUUAAUGCCGACGAUAAAUACCUUCAAUGAUGACUAUAAGUCUCAGCUGAUUGGACAUAUCAAAAACAAAUGCACGGAUCGGGCACGAGAAGCGGUCUUUACCCGACAAUUGAGCGCCCCAGCUGCGUCCAAUGGCGGCAUUGCGCCGAAGGCAGAAUCUUGGCACAAAGUCAAGGAGCAGCUUCUGCACAAUUAUGCGGAGCGCGAGUCCAGUUACACACUCAUCCAUAGGCUGCGCAGCAGUGUACUGGACUCUAAUAUUGAGCUCUACUACCAGAAGUUGGCCAAGUUAAAGCAACGACUGCUUAAUCGCAAGAUGACUCACAACGAUACGCUUUAUUCGGUUGAGGACAUUGAACGCAUAUCCCUGCAGGUGUUCCGGGAUCAUCUGCCUGAGCCCACAUACUCGAUGAUAUUGCGACGCAAUCCUAAGACCAUGGAAAUCGCCUAUCAGUACAUAGUGGAGGUGCAACAGCAAUUCUAUACGCAAAGUGGUCCGCUGGCUGGUGAGCAAGGCGCCACAUUCAGUACGAGCCGUAAGCAGACAUUUGGGACGACCUCCAGCUCUGUGGGCCUAGGUGCGGCUGGCGUUGGCAUUGGUGUGGGUGCUGUGGGCCUGGGCCUGGGUAGUGCUGGCUUCAGCAAAGACAAGAACAUAUCAAAUUCACAUGCGGCCUAUCAGCAGUACCAUCCUCACCAGAACAAGAACAGCAAGAGUGGCAGCUACUAUAUUGGGGCGCCAGCUGUAGGUGCUGGUAAAACGAAUCCCAUGUUUAAGAGCUCUGGAAAUCCGACCUUUAAAAACAACUACGGCAGUGGCAGUCUUCCGGGUAACAGCAGCAAUAUGUUCAAGGACGUCAAGUACAAGGAUGCCAAAUCGAACAAAGAUUUCCAGCGCAAGGAUGUCAAAGCCACCAGUGUCAGUGGGUGGCGCAAGUAAACGGCAAUCAAGGUGUUUAGUCAUGGCCCAUGAGCUAAGAGCUGAGCUGAGCGCAUGACCUAAUCCCCUUUGACAAUGAAUGUUACCUGUGACUAAGGCGCAUGCUAAUUACCCACCCCAGUUGAAUAGUAUCUUGAAUUGGAUGCUGAUGCCUAUCGAUGAUGUUAUGCUGAUGACACACACAAAAAUUGCGGCUUCUGUUAAUUAUACCUCUUAAGCUUAAUCGUAAUGUACCUAAUGCUAUCAUAGCCCCAAGAUUAUUGUUACAAUAAAAUAAAACAAUAUUCACAUAUGUA